AUGGCUUCAGGAAAGGAUAUUUUGGAUUCCCAUCAACCUGAUUCCAUAUCAUCUUCAUAUGGAAAUAACACAGUGAAAGUCAUAUGUUUAGGGGAUAGUGCCGUUGGAAAAUCUAAGAUAACUCUUCUUUUUCCCAAUUCUCUGGUGGAUGUGGUACUGGAAGACCAUCUCCAUGAGGUUUUUGACAUAACAAGAAAAGUAACUUAUAAAAACUUACCUAAAUGGUACAAAGAACUUAGAGAAUACAGACCAGAAAUACCUUGCCUUUGUGCUGCAAACAAAAUAGAUGUGGAUUUUAAGGUGACUAAGAAGAGUUUUAAUUUUCCAAAGAAGUUUGGCAUGCCUUUUUACUUUGUAUCAGCAUCGGAUGGGACAAAUGUUGUUAAGUUAUUUAAAGAAGCCAUACAGUAUGCUGUUCAGUAUAAGAAAAACCCAACAGAUUUCAUUGAUGAAGUGAUGCAGGAACUACAGUACUUUGAGAGCAGUGAAUUUGAUCAAGAGGAUGAAGGAAAUCAACCCAGCAAUCAGUAGAAAGUUCAUUAAUAUUUUGAAAAGAGUUGUCAGUCUUCAGUGCCUUUACUGGAUGCCACAAGUCAUGCUGUAAACCAGACAUUAGGCUCUUCUUGGGCUAAGAUUUUAUGCCAUAGUUCUGGAUAUGUGUAGGACUGCAUUAAGUAGUUCAUUAUACAAUUUUUCCAAGACAAGUUUUAUUAGUGAACAACACUUUCAUGUGUGUAAAACCAUCUGUAAGUGUUAUAAUAGUGUAAAAUCUGUGAUGUUAACAUUUGAUAUGUAUACACAUUUGUUUCAAUGUCUGAAAGUGUCACAUUCUGUUGGUAAUGUUUAUUUUGCCAAAAAUUAAUGAUAACUUAGAAACAAACAUUGCUUUCAGAACUGUUGUAAUUUGUAGAAUAACAUUCAUUAGCUCAUUGUAGUCAGUAAACAUACAGUAGUGCUGAUUUGGGUAUGAAGCUUUUCUUGAAGUAAUAAAAGUAAGUUUUAAAGUUAAUAUGCUUUUCAAUCUUAAAAUUUAUGUGGAAUAUUACAAAUUAAUUUGUGGAUGAUUUCUGUUAUAAGAGGCAGCUGUUUGAUAAAACAACUUAGAAUUUUUUGUGAUAAGCUCAUAUAUGUUUGUGUAGUUUUUUGUAAUAGCAUUGAAAUAUAUAUAAAUAACUUGAUCUAAAUCUGGGCAGCGUGAGUUUGAUCAACAUAUGCUAUAAAGAACAGAUGUGAAGAAAAAAAAUAUAUAUAGUAUAAGUAACUUGAUCUAACUCUGGGCAGUGUGAGUUUGAUCAACAUGUGCUAUAAAGAUCAGAUGUGAAGAAAAAAUAUAUAUAUAAAUAACUUGAUCUAAAUCUGAGCAGUGUGAGUUUGAUAAACAUGUGCUAUAAAGAUCAGAUGUGAAGAAAAAAAAUAUAUAUAUAUAAAUCUUUAAAAAAAAGAAAUAUGCAGUGUGCACUAUUUAUCCUCAGGGAAAUAGUCAAUGAAAUGUGUUAUUACAUAGAAUCAAAUAAUAUUAAAUAUUAUGCUUUAUGUAUUUUAUAACACAGCGCUUAAAACUUUAAACAUUAUAAGACAGAAUUAUCUGUAGGAUAUUUAACUUUGAUCCCAUAUUUUUCAUGGAUUUUUAAUGAUAGUUAAUGAUGAGAACUAUGCAUAGGAAUUUUUGUUAAAAAGAGAGAGAGAGAGAGAGAAUCAUUUUAAUGAUUUUAACUAAAAAUGUUGACUUUCUAAAUGGUUUUAGUAUUUUAGGGAAUAUUGUUAUUUCUUAUUCCUCACUGUAAUAUCGACUUUACAUAUCAAUACUAAUAUGCUUAUACACACCUAGCAUCUUACAUGUAACUUUGAACAAGUAAUUUUGGCAUUAAAUUCCUUUUAUUCUUUGGUUCAGAUUUUAUUUGCAAUUCAUAAUAGAGAAUAAGAUUUAUAAGCAUUAAACAAAGAUGCUUAGAUUGAUCAAAUAUACAUCUUUCUAAUUUAUAACUUUACUAUCUUCUAAUUGAAAUGUUACUAACACUUGUGAAGAAUUUGAUGUGCAUAGUAUUUAGGAUUUAAGUUAUGAGAUGAAGCAUUCUGUGAUUUUUUUCUUAUGCAAUGAUAUACAGGAUAGUGCAAAAAAAAUUUUUGUAGUGCAUGUUGUUCAAUCAUAAAUAUAAAAGAAAAAGGUAAUGAAAAGUAUUUUUAUAAUGAACUCUGGGAGUGAAAAAAUACACAGAUGAAAAGUUAACAGAUUUAUCUAGAACAAGAAACUACAAAUUGCUAAAUGUUCAGAAUAUUUUUUUUAAACCAGCCCUCUCUGUGGUGGUAAAAAUGCACAUUUCCAAUGGCAUUCUUGAAGGUAUACUUACAUUCUUCAUGAAAUACUUUUUUGAAACGAAACCUGACUCUUUUUUUUUUACUUCAUAAGCAUGUGUGUUUAUUAUAUAAAAAUAUUGACCUCAUGUUGAGGUCAAUGUUACUUUUAAGAUCAAUAACUAGUUGCUAUUACCAGUUUACAACAGACUUUUGAAAGUUCUAGUUGUGUGAGAGAGGUUAAGAAAAUUAAUUGUGUGUAUUUCAUAGAAGUACACAUAAUGUGUAAUGUGUAUUUCAUUAUCCCUAACUUCAAUAAAUUAUGUUACAUAGUGUAUAUGUAAA